CACGUGGAUUGCUUCAUGCAUGACACACCCGUGUACAGCUUGGUCCGCCCAUUCUCCCUCCCGUCAGUCAGCCAUGGCAGCCAACCGACGAGUAAUAGCAUGUACAUGCGAAUGACUUGCUUGUCGGUAUUUCCACGUGUAUUCAGGAUAGAAUCAAUAUCAGCUAACGCUGUGAUCGGAAGAGCAGGACGGUCUUUUCUGCUGGAAUGACAUCGAAGAACGCUAUCCACUUGGCGUCAUACGUGAUGGACAUGCUGCAAACAACACAACAACACGGAAACGCCAUCGAGACCACCCAGAAAAAGGUUACAGAUGUGCACUCCAUCCUGUCUGCAGUGCAGUGAUGUCUGUCAUGCAAGUCUGUCCGUGCGUACCCGAAGCUUUUGCCGACGAUGCAUUGCCACGCGCCCUUGCCGCCCGUGUUGAACGCCAGGUCCUCGUCACACCUUUUCUUGAUGGCGGUGGCGAUGUCCUUCUCCAGCUUGUGGGCCUCCAUGGCCUCAUGGGCGUAAACCUGAGCCUGGUGGAGCAGCUCAGCUGGGAGGUCGCAGUACCGGAUGCUCAUGGGCGGCAGAAGGACUUUCUUCUCCGUCUCCUCCUCAUCAAUGUCCGACAUUGUGGCAGAAUCCUAUUCAAAGGUAGAUGGGGCAACACUUGGGAGGAAAAGGAGGAGAAACGGUUGAAGCG